AGCCCCGGGCGGUUGAGCAGCCCCAGGAGCAGCAGCCCCGGGCGGAGCAGCCCCGAUGGCCCCGCGGGUGGCGGUGGCUGCGGGCGGGCGCUGAGCAGAGCCGCGGAUGCCGGGCGGGGGCCGGGCCGUGCGGGCAGCGGGGGGCCGCGACCCGGGGCUCGCCGCGCCCCUCCGGCCCCCCAGGGCCGCGGGGAGCCCAGACAUGGGCGUUCGGCUGCCCCGUGGCGUGUCGGUACCUGCGGGAGGGAGCCCGGCGGAAAGUCCCUUCUUCCCAUGAGCAGCGCCUGCUCCCGGUGCUGGGCUCUCGCCAUGGACACUCUGAAAACCACCUACAUCGUGCUGGAGCUCAUCAUCGCCGUGCUCUCCAUCGCUGGCAACGUGCUGGUCUGCUGGGCUGUGGCCAUCAACAGCACCUUGAAGAACGCCACCAACUAUUUCCUGGUGUCUCUGGCCGUGGCUGACAUCGCCGUGGGGUUGCUGGCCAUCCCUUUCGCCAUCACCAUCAGCAUUGGCUUCCAGGUGGAUUUUCACAGCUGCCUCUUCUUCGCCUGUUUCGUGCUGGUGCUGACCCAAAGCUCCAUUUUCAGCCUGCUGGCGGUGGCCAUCGACAGGUACCUGGCUAUUAAGAUCCCGCUGAGGUACAACAGCCUGGUGACCGGCAAGCGGGCAAGAGGACUCAUCGCAGUGCUGUGGCUCCUGUCCUUUGGGAUUGGACUGACCCCACUGAUGGGCUGGAACAAAGCCAUGAGUGGCUGUCCCAAUGCCACCAACGAGACAGGGGCUGAGCCUGGGACAGAGCCCCAUGGCUGCUUCAUCUCAUGCCUCUUUGAGAACGUGGUGACCAUGAGCUACAUGGUCUACUUCAACUUCUUUGGCUGUGUGCUGCUCCCACUCGUCAUCAUGCUGGGGAUCUACAUCAAGAUAUUCAUGGUGGCCUGCAAGCAGCUGCACCAGAUCGAGCUGAUGGGCAACUCCAGGACCACCCUGCAGAAGGAGGUGCAUGCAGCCAAGUCUCUGGCCAUCAUUGUGGGGCUUUUUGCCUUCUGCUGGCUGCCCCUGCACAUCUUGAACUGCAUCACACACUUCCACGAGGGCUUCUCCAGAUCCAAGCCCGAGUGGGUGAUGUACGUGGCCAUCAUCCUCUCCCACGCCAAUUCUGUCAUCAACCCCAUCAUCUACGCCUACAGGAUCCGGGAUUUCCACUGCACCUUCCGCAAGAUCCUCUCCAAGAUCCUCUGCAAGGCCGACGACUUCCCCAAGUGCCCCUCUGACAACACCCAGAACCUGACUGUCAUCAACAUCAGCUCCCCCGUGGCCUCGGUGACCGUAUGACCCUUUCCCUGCUGCCCCUGGGUGUCCAGCCCAUCCCUGGCACUGCCCUGCCCCAUGGCAGCAGUCCCAGGAGUGCUCAGAGAUGACCACUAUGCACUUGUGCAGCUGUGUUUUUAUUUUAAUUUUUGUAAUUAACAUCGUGCCUCACAGAGGAGUGACCUGAGCAGGGACACCAAGUGCAGCUCACCCUCCUCUGGAGCCCCAGGGUGUGUGAGAGCUGUGAUCCUGUUGUGUUUCCUUUACAGGUGUUUCCAGGUCAAACACUGACUGGGAAAGACUCACCUGCUUGGGGGGGUGAUUCCCCAGUUGUGCUGCUCAUGUCAAGUCAUAGGAUCUUUAUUUUAAUUAUUAUUAUUAUUAUUUUUUAAUAUUUUGUUUCAUUUAGGAGUAACAAUUUUGUGUCUGAUUUUUGAGUUGUUCUCUAAGACCAAACUUGACAGCACUUUGGUAAUACCCUAAUUAUUCCAUCAAUUGUUUGAUGCAGCUUGUAUUCUCUGAUGGGAAAAAGUCUUACUUAGCCCAGUUGCUGAUGUGAAACUGAAUCUGUGUUCCAGGCACUGAGGGGGAGGGACUGUGUGGAUGGGGAAAACCAGGUCAGCCCAGCAUGGAAACCCCAUUUACUGAAAGAUUUGAGAAAAGGUUUGACCAAGGUUUUAGAGCAGAGGUUUUAUUGCCUUUAAAUCACUUUGGCCCACAGGACUGUGCAGCCCAGUGCUUCAGGUUUGCUUUCAGAUCUGUUUCCAGCUAUCAAAAAGCAGGAGGCAGAAGCGCCCCAAUGAUCUUGGCUCAUCUGAACCAGAGCCAUCAAGGCCAGUGUCACUCUGCCUUGGGGACACCAGCUCUACAAUUAGGUUUCUGCUCCCAGGUCAAGAUCUGCCAGCCUUGCAGAGCUUCCUCAAGUGCAGGUUUUAGCUCUAAGAGGUGGGUGCUACAGCUCACCUGAUUCUUAAAGCUUGCUCUGGCUGGGGCACCUCUGCAGCCCUGUAACCUCCAGAUGUGAAUGCUUUUUUUCCCCCCUAAUAGGAAUUUUUAUAUUUUUAUCCCUGAAAAACUGUACUUGAAUCACACAGAAAUCAACUCUAUAUUUUUUUUAAAUUCUGUUGCACUAAAAGGGGGGUACACACCUCAAGAGUUUCAUUACUCUGGCACAUAUAACGACAAAUAUGGUGUAAAAAUCAAUUGCAAAGCUGAAGAAAUCUUGUUCCUGCCAGGAGGCAAGAGCUGCAGGAAUGACUCUGGGCCCACCAUGCACAGGGAAUGGUUCCCUGGGAGUGCUGGAUUUCAGUGCCAUUGGAGCAGCUCAGCCCCAAACCUGGGUGAAAUCAUCAGAGAGCUCUGAAUGGGUUUGCACGUGUUUAUGCAAUGUCCAAAUUUAGCUACAGCUCAGUGUCUCAGAGAUUGGUAUUUCCAGAGUCUGAGCAGUUCAAAUCACUGUCCCAAGUGCUUCUCCUCUAACAGCCCCAUUCAUCUUUGCUGCAUCUGCCUUGGUCAGGGGCCAGCUGACACAGGGGCCACCUCCUGCCAUUUGUGCAGGGCCUGGCUCUCUCCUCCCUUCAUUCCUUCCCUCCUGUGUUAUCUUUGGCCCUGUUCCUCCUGUUAAUCACAGCUGGAGACAAGCAGGGUUUCACCUGCAGCUCUGGCAGUGGUGCCAAGUGGUUGCAAGCCACAUUUAUUCUCACAACAAAGGAUGGAAUCUCUCCCUUUGGCUGCCUGAAACCGACCCAGACUCUCACAGCAGCAACAGAGUGAAACUCUCAGUGCUGUAACACCAAGAGAGAAGGUCCCAGAACCCUUGUCCACAUGUGAGAGCUUCCAGUGCAGCUCAGAAUUCCUGCAUAUGGAUGUGGAGCAGUCCAGAUGUGCCUUUGGGCUGUCAGGCAUUAACUCUGGCCCAGGUCAUGGUCAUUGGGCACAUGAAGUGCCUUUGUGGAUCUGAGCCAAAGAUAUUUCAAGGCAAAAUAAAAAUAGGACACUUCCCUUGCUCCCCUCAAUAAAAAACUCUGAAUGUUUCUAUAAAAAUGUGAAGCAAAAACAGCAGAGGAGUUUCUGUAGUGAGUGCACUGUGGCCAUUCAGCUGUCACUGCCAUUGCUCUGAUGUACAUGGAUGGACGUGUUCUCCUCAUGUUGCUCAGUUUUGUACUUGCAGUAACUGUUAUUUACAUACAAAAUGUUUCAUUUACCAUCCCCAGCACCUGGCUCAGCCUGUGCCCCGUUA